AAACAGCUGCUUAUCGACCAGAAACUGGAGAUGACUAAUCAGCUUGAAGAACAGAAGAACAGCAUGAAAAAGCUUGAAGCUGACCAUACAGCCCAGCAGGAGGCCAGCACACAGGUACAGGAACAGCUGCGACAGGACAAUGCACAGCUCACCAACAGACUGUCCACAGUAGAAGAAGCUAAGAAGUCCCUACAGAAGGAGUCUGACCAGGAGAAGGCACGUCUGGAACUACAGCUGUCAGCGCUCAGUGAGAACCUGGGGACCCUCAGGUCGGAGCUGGAGGUCAACAACAACAAGAAGGCCGAGGCAGAGAAGGCCUUCACAGAACUGCAGGGGGAGAAGGCAGUGUUGGAAGCUACCAUAGAAAACAACCAGGAAGAGAGAAGAGCACUACUACAAAGAUGCCUGACGAGUGAGAACGAGUGUGAGCAGCUGAGGAACAAGUGUGCAGACCUGAGGAGGAAACUGGAGGAUGCACAGGCAGCCAUGCAGGAGCUGGGCAGGGAGAACCAGUCUCUACAGAUCAAACAAACCCAGGCCAUGAACCGUAAGUGGGCAGAUGAUGAGACUGUGAACAACUGUAUGUCCUGUAACAAGGGUUUCUCCGUCACCGUCAGAAAGCACCACUGCCGACACUGUGGGAAUAUCUUCUGCAACGAGUGUUCGGCCAAGACUGCCAAAAUUCCCUCCUCUAAGAAACCAGUACGGGUCUGUGACACCUGCUUCGAGGAAGUCGCAACAAGAUAAUUAAAACUUGCCAUAUAAGAUAAGACUCCCCCGUUUUUAUAGUGGAAAGAUCCAUAUGUUACAGUUGUAGAUAGAAGAAUCGACCGUGACGAUUUGUUCUAAUGGGGGGAAUCAGUAGUUGUUUUCUUAAAAUGGGACCUAAUUGUAGUUUAGAUGUAUGCCAGCUAUAUAGAAAUUUUUAAUAGGCCUAUAUAUACAGUAGGUUAUAGCUCUUUUGUUUUUCAUUUUUGUAUAUAUACAUAGUAUGUUGUGCUACGUGUUGUCAGUUGAAAGUUCUCUUGUUUUUGAUGUAGAUAACUGAGUUGCCAAUAACUAGUUUGAACCAUAUGUCCUUUAUGUAGAAUAUUUCAUGUGAAAUUAGAGUACAGAGAAAAUUGCUGUUGCUAGUGUGGAAAAUAGAUUUAAUUUUGGUUACAUAAAUAAAAUGUGAGUUAUUCAUCGAUCAAAUAGUAAAUUUGUGCUAGCAUAUGGUAAUAACACUAUAUUACGAUUGUAUGAAUUGUGAACCACUCUUGCCAUGUAAGCAAACAGGCAGCCUAAAGACCAUCCAUGCAACUUUUUGUAUCUUCACAGUAGUGAAUGUCAAUAUGACAUAUCUUUGAACUGGGCUAUUACUUCAAGUUGACCGUGAAGCUGUGAACAGAGGUGCCUAAGUAUUCAUAAAAGUUUACAGAUUGCUUAGAGAUUUUAUGGAAAUCAUACAGAUUUUUACAGAAUUCCUGCAAAUUUUGUAGAAUUAAUGCAAAAUUUUGGGAAUACUGACAGUCUGUGUAAGCAAGGUGCUUAUAAUAUACGUAAAAUUGGUUUGCAUAAAACUCGUAAGAAACCCUUAGAAAUCAUGCAUAUGUCUCAUAGUAAUUGAUUGUGUGAAUUCUGUAAAAUUCGUAGGUAUUGUGUAAAACUUGUAUGAGCAUCCCUUAUACAACAUUAUACAGUGUACCAGUUGCCAAAAAGGUAACACUAACAGCUACAACAAAGCUUCUCUACCAUAGCUUGACUGUAGAUAGCAAGCAAUAGACAAUAUGAAACAACUUAGCAAUGAAAGCAGUCAUUAUUGAAAAAGAAACAAAAGGGGAAUCGGAACUUGUUUCCACAGACAUCAAUAAACAUUUUGUGACAUUUGAAUAUACUACAAGCAGGUAUCAUGAUUAAGUAAAACUAUAGAUGGUGACAAGUUGAAGGCUGACUUCUUUUUUACAUAGAAAUAUAAUUUAAGCACAUAUGUAUGCAUACAAUACAGUUGACAAUUGCACUGUAUUAGGCAACAUUUGUUCGUACUGUAAACUUCAGGGUAUGCAAGGAAGAAUUAUUUAGAUAUGUUUAAAAAUGUUUAUGCAAUCGUUGUUGCAAAUAAUGUCAAACAUUAAUGUACGUUCAUUUUAAGUUAUAACAUAGGGCUUCCUUAAAACUGCUUUCUGUGUUCAGCUUUCUAUUAGUAGUUAUACAUCUCAGUAUAUAGAAUUAAGUAUGGAGCAGGCAAAAUGAAGGUCGCAAAAGGAAUUAAGCUAUUCGGAAUGGGGUUGCAUUGAAUUAAGUAGAGUUAUUGAUAAAGUCUGGCUGGAUGGAUCUUU